AUGAGACGCUCUACACUUGGCGCUGGGGUUGAGACUCCCAUGCCCGUCCUCUCCAAAACCUCCUUCACGAAGCUUCCUCAGUGGGAUUUUGACGAUGUUUAUAACCAGGAUGUUUCACCCAGGCAGACAACAUGUGCCCAGUCUCUGCGAAACUCUGAGGUUGAGAGCUUCAAGACGGCUUUCCUUCCCAACAUACAUUUGUUUCUACACAAAGACAGUAUCAACAUGAGCGAGUGGAAUCGGCUUUCACAUUUUAACAAUCCUUUUGGUUUUAUGGAGUACAAGUAUGAUGAAGUGAUGGCUUCAGUAAAGUUGAUCCCAAAGCCAAAAGAGCCACUGCUCCUUCCAAAACCAGGUGGUGACGGGUGUGUGCGCUGUGCUGUGGUGGGCAAUGCGGGGAUCCUCAAUGGCUCUAAAAUGGGGAAAGAGAUUGAUGCUCAUGAUUACGUUUUUCGGAUGAAUGGUGCAAUCACCAAAGGUUACGAGGAAGACGUCGGAAACAGAACAUCAGUGUACAUUCACACGGCCCACUCCAUCACAUCUGCGCUGUAUUUCUUCAAGACGUUUGGAUAUACUACUGUCCCUCAUGAUGAGGGUAUAAAAUACGUGAUGGUUCCUGAGGGUAUGAGGGAUUUCAAUUGGCUCGAGGGUCUUCUCAAAGGAGAAAGAAUCGCUGCUGGCCCAUAUAAAAACAUAAGGCCAUGGACGUACUAUGCUGGGCAGUACAAUGACACCCGCUUCUAUGUUCUGCACCAGGACUUCCUCAGAUACAUUCGAAACAGGUUCUUAAUGUCUCCUAAUCUAAAUGCUUCAUACUGGGCAUUAGUCAGACCAAGCAAUGGGGCAUUCACUCUCUUCCUGGCUCUGCAUACCUGCGACACUGUGAAUGCAUAUGGAUUCAUGACUGAGGACUACAUGAAAUACUCAACUUAUUACUUUGAGAAAAAUAUUAAAACCCCUGUCAUUCUCUACGCCAACCAUGACUAUAUCCUGGAGAAAAACAUGUGGAAAAAACUGCAUGACAGCAAAAUAAUUAAGCUUUAUCAAAGAACAGAGUUAGAAACAGGGACGAAAAAGCCAAAACAACACUGAUACACUGAGAAUGGAAGG